AAAAAAUAAUAAAAAAUAUUUGAACGGUCUGUUUGGGGAUAAAGAAAAAGAAAAAGCAAAGAGCAAAAAAAAAAAAGAAAAAGAAAGAAAAGAAGAGCAACGAAAAUGGGCGAAGUAUCAUCAGGAACAACCAUGACGAUGCAACAGCAACAACAGAACAAUCAGGCGAAGAAGAAGAAGAAGGGUCGCCCUUCUCUCUUAGAUCUCCAAAAGCGCUCUCUCAAACAACAACAACAACGAAACCCUAAUUCCUUCAAUUUAAGCUCUAACCCUAGCCGUCGCGCCUCUCGCCGGAACCCUAACUCUGACUCUGUUUCCGGCGAAGAUGAUAACGACGGCGGCGGAGACGACGACGACGACGAGCGCAAAGAAAAGAAGCUCAAGCUCCUUCACGGCCUCGAUUCUCAUCCUCAAUACCCGACAUUGUUGCCGAACUCCUUGUCCUUUACCUUGAACCCUUACGGCUCUGAUCUCCCCCCGAAUUCGAAUUUCGACGACAAUCUCGAGGCCGACAUCAAACGCCGCAAGAUCACCGCCGUCAAUCUCGGAUCUGAUCCAAUGGAUGAAAAGGUUUGGAAAGCGACAGACACCAUUCAUGGUUCGCAGGUGGAGUCUGGUCCCACGACACCUUUGCCAGACAAAAAGUUGUUGGUGUUCAUCCUUGACAGGCUUCAAAAAAAGGACACUCAUGGAGUAUUCUCGGAGCCUGUGGAUCCUGAAGAGCUUCCUGAUUACCAUGACAUCAUUGAAAACCCAAUGGAUUUUGGAACCGUGAGGAAGAAACUAGAUGGUGGAGCUUAUGCCAACUUGGAACAGUUUGAGAAAGACGUGCUCCUAAUUUGUACAAAUGCAAUGCAGUACAAUGCUCCAGAUACUGUAUUUUUUAGACAGGCACGAUCUAUGCAAGAGUUGGCAAAAAAGGACUUCGAAAAUUUGAGGCAAGAGAGUGAUGAUAAUGAGCCACAACCCAAAGUUGUUCGGAGAGGCAGGCCUCCAGGCAAGAACCUGAAGAAGUCCCUUGGCGGAUCUCCCUAUGAGCUUGUUUGUCCAGAGCCUUCCCUAGAUGCAACUCUUGCAUCAGGAGGUAAUGCAGGGAGUUCCAAUACUUACAAUUUAAGAAAAGGGUUGACUUCAUACAAGUCCCCUCCUGUUGAUGCAUUUGUCAGGGCCUCCCAUGGGUCUUUGAACAGUGAAACAGGCACUAGUUGGUGGUCUGAAUGGGAGAAUGAAUUUCCAGCUUCUGUUUUGAAAAGUGUAUUGAAGUACGGGAAGAAGCAAUUUGCAGUAGAUGAGAAUAGGCGUGACACCUAUCAGCAUUCCUUGGAUUCUGGGCAUGGGCCAUCUGUCUUGGCCACCCUCGAAGGAGAAUUGAAGCAACUGAUGGCGGUAGGUCUACACUUGGAGCAUGGUUAUGCAAGAAGCCUAACUCGAUUUGCUGCAGGUCUUGGGCCUGUAGUGUGGAAGAUUGCUUCUCAGAAAAUUGAAAGGGUUUUGCCCACUGGACUCAAGUUUGGUCCUGGAUGGGUAGGAGAAAAUGAGGCACCAAAGCAGCAGCAGUCUUUAUUUAAUGAGGAGAAAUUUUCAGAUGGCUUAAUACCAGAUAAUGAUACAAGCAAGGCAUUACAUCACCGCACAUCCAGCUUAAACACUGUUGUUGCAAAUGGAUUCUUGUCGCAAGGUCAAGAAGACUUUGAAAGUACAGACAUAGAUUCCCAUUGUGAGUUGAUUUCACUGAACAGCAGUGUUGGUGGGCUAAAAUCCGUGCCUCCUUUUCGGGUUCAGCAGAAACCCAUAAUUACCACUGAUAUCAAUGGCUUAAAUGAUGGUUUUGGGUCUGAUUUUUCUUCGCAAAUUAGGAUGGUUAGACUUGCCUCAUUAACCGGAACAUCUGAUUCUGAUUAUACUUCAGUGCGUUCUCAAAUGCCUGGCAUAAAUUCAAGUGGCAAGACUACCAUGUACCAAGUGACCCAAAAUGAUAUUGAAUUGAAUGAAGCCAGGUUCUCUGAAAUUACGAGAACAGACUCUGGAAAUCUAUUAGGCCUGGGCUCUGGCCUCAAGUCGCAUGGAACAUCACAAGUGCCUGAUGGGCAAGCAUCUUGGCAGAGAUUGUCAAUGCACCAUAAGCAUGAUUCUUUUCCGUUUCCUCCUGAUCUAAAUGUAAGAUUUCGGCAAACGGGUUCACCUAGUUCUAGUGUCCAGAUUGGUUCACCUCAGCAGCCAGAUUUAGCAUUGCAGCUCUGAGGAUGGGUUGGUUAUUUUUUUUCUGUCAAUUGCUCUGGGAGUUGGAGCUCCCAAAAAUAUAGAGAAAUAAAUUGUGGUGCCAUCUGAUGAGGGUGGUUCCAUCAUGGGUGUCUCUAGGAGUCAUUACAGAUUGACUAUGGAGAAUUUUUGUAUAGAUUAAUAUAUCCAAAUUUUAGGUUUAAGUGAUAGGGGAUCAUAUUUGUGACAAAUUAAUCCAACAUCGAGAUACUUUUUAAGAUUCUUA